AAUUAUCUCCUCAUCAUAUUCCUUCUUUUCUUCUUCUUUUUUUGUCACUUUCCUGCUGUUCUUUAAUUACUUCUCCUCCUUAAAUCAAGGGAUUAAAUGAGUGUCAAAUUUUCCUGAAAUUAAAACCAAUGAAGAAGACGAUGGAGCUCAAUUUCUCGGCGGCUAUGGCUAUCUUCCUCUGCUUUUUCGUUGGAUCCUUUGCGGGGUUGCUUUACGAGCAGGCCCAGCCGGCGGUUGAGCCGCCGGGAACUACUAUCCAGGCAUUUCCGGUUCAGCCGGAGACGGGGCAGAGGUGCAAGCUUGACUUCUCUGCCGAGCUUUUCGGCGGCGUGAAAGCCGCCUGCCCGUCGGGCAACCUUGACCGGAACCGGUGCUGCCCGGUGCUGGCGGCGUGGGUCUACGCGGCUUACGCUCGCUCGGCGCUUCAGGUCUCCGCCGCCGCGUCCCCGUCUCCUCCGUCGGAGCUGCCGAUGAUGCCGAACGACGACCAGUCGUGCGUCAGCUCGCUCCAGGACUGGCUCCAGAGGAACAAGAUCGAGAUUCCUCGGCCCAAUUCCACGUGCGACACCGUUUUGUGCUUCUGCGGCAUCCGCCUCCACCGCAUCACUUCCCUCACCUGCUCCGCCGCCUUCAACGUCUCCGUCUCCGGCACCGCCACGCCGACCGCCGUGGUCACGGAUCUCGCGCCGAACUGCCGCCAGCCCUCGUUUUCCGGCUGUACCCAGUGUCUAAAAUCUCUCCAAAAGAUUAAGGGCGGGGCUAAAAACGCGACGAGAAAAGCCCGAAACGGCGACAACAAUCGGGCAACGAGGAUGUUAAACGAGGAUUGCCAGUUAAUGGGGCUGACGUGGUUGCUGGCGCGGAACAAGACGGCGUACAUUCCGACGGUGUCGGCGGUGCUGCGGGCCAUAAUGUACAGUGGGUCUCCGGCGGCGGACGGGUGGAAAAUCGAAAACGCGAAAUGCAGCCAGGACCAGGAGAACAUGCCGUUGGCCGUCGACUCGUCGCAGCUCAAAAACGCCGAUUCAUCUUCUUCAUCAAUUUACUUUCCCAUUUCGAAGCAGAGUUUUUCUGGUGAAAGAGCUGAUGGGUUUACAUACUCGAUGAUCUUGAAAGGGUCUACUUCUUUGGAUUUAGUAGGAUUGCGAGAACGGGAAGGCUACAUGAACCAAGGGAAUGUGGAUGAUGCAGAAGACGUGUUCAAGAAAACGCGGGUAAAAGACGAAGUUGUUUUCAAUGCAAUGAUAGAAGGUUACAGUAAAUCCAUCAAAACUGCUAAGAAAGCAAUUGAAUUUUACAUCAACAUGAAAAAAUUGGGAUUUAACCCCACAAUUUCCACGUUUGCAAGCUUGAUUGGUGCUUGCUCUGCUCUAGCGGCCUUUGAAGUUGGUCAGCAAGUCCUUGGGCAAGUAAUAAAGACUAGCUUUGUUCAACACAUAAAGAUCGGAAGUGCUUUGAUUGACAUGUUCUCUAAAUGCGGGCAGACAGAAGAAGCGAGAAGCGUUUUUGACCACAUGCCCGAAAGAAACGUAUUUUCUUGGACUUCGAUGAUUGAUGGGUAUGGGAAGAACGGAUACCCAAAUGAAGCUCUUGUUCUGUUCGACGAAAUGCUCAUGAACCAUCAUGUUAAACCUAACUAUGUCACAUUCCUAAGUGCCCUUUCAGCAUGUGCACAUUCCGGGCUAGUCGCUAAAGGAAAGCACAUCUUUGAAAGAAUGGAGAAGGAAUAUUCAAUGAAGCCAAGAAUGGAGCAUUAUGCUUGCAUGGUUGAUUUGUUGGGCCGGGCGGGGCGUCUAAAUCAGGCUUUGGAGUUUGCGAUAAAUAUGCCCGAGAAGCCCAAUUCGGACGUGUGGGCUGCUUUGCUUAGUUCUGGUAGACUACAUGGAGAUAUUGAAAUUACAAAUUUAGCUGCUAAGGAACUCUUUAAUUUAAGUGGGAAUAGUCGGCCAGGGGCUUAUGUUGCGCUGUCAAACACAUUGGCAGAGGCGGGAAAAUGGGAUAGUGUGAGUGAACUUAGAGUGUUGAUGAAGUCGCGCGGGAUAUCAAAAGGCACUGGGUUCAGUUGGGUUGGGAGAGAUGGGUUCCUUGAAGCUUUUCAUGCUGGUUAAAAGAUUCAGUUAAGUUCUGUGUUAUUUAUAAAUUUAAUCCAAGAAAGCACAGUAACUUUGCAUUCAGAGAAGGGUGUAGAAAACUGUGAUUGAAGGUGACUCCAGGCCAGCUAUUAGGCUCUGUUUGGAUGCCAAGGAAAGAUGAUUUCAGCUUCUUGUCCAUGACCUGCUGAAGAUUAAAACUUGUCAAUCAAGAACAUCAGUUGAC